AUGAGGAAAUCGUCUCGGCAAGUAGUAUUUGUGAAUACGUCACCCCCUGAGGAUAGAGUUCAGUUACUAAAACCAUUGCAAGAAAUUAAUGAUAUGGAAGAUGAUUCUGAUGAGGUUUAUGCAUCUGGUUUAAUAAGGCGUUACAUAAAACGACCAGCCAAACUUGAAAAUUUGUCUCUGGCUGAUUGGGCUGCAUGGUAUGACUCCACUGGUAAGCCAUAUGUCAAACCAUCUCGUGAAUUAGACAUUGAUAAUUAUCCACUUGAGACAAACUUCGGUGAUAUUAAUGAUGAUGAUAAUGAGGAAAAUGAAAGUGAACAAAAGAGUAAAAGAAGAUCUAAGGCCAGAAUUAUCCGCAGUGUCUGUUUUAACAAAGAGGUUGAUUCUGAAAAACAUUACCGUGAACUAAUCAUGUUGUUCACUUCAUGGAGAAAUGAAGCAACUAACUUAAUAAAAAAAUAUUCAUCUUAUGAGCAACACUAUUUGCAAGUUAAAAAUAUAAUAGAAGAACAAAUGAAAUUUUAUGCUAUUUGUAGUAAAGACAUGAAUGACAUUCAAGAACAACUUCACAAUAUGGAAGAUAAUAAUGAAAAUUAUGACCUGAUUGCGCCAGGAACACAAAACAUUGAGCGCCAAGAUGAAUCUGAAGGUACACAAGACCUUCAUCCAGAAUUCAAUGAAAACUAUGACCUAUCAGGUGAUCUUCAAAUUCCUUCAACUGCAUCAACUAAGCAGUUGAUAUUAAAUGAAGAACAGGAUGAUGUUUACAGAGGAAUGGUACAAAAAUUAAAUAAAGAACAAAAGGAAUUUUUCUACCAUGUAUUAUACCUUAUUAAAACUUCUGAUAAUCCAUUUUACUGUUUUCUUAGUGGAGGAGCAGGAGUUGGCAAGUCACAUCUCACUAAGUGUCUUUAUCAAGCAGCAUUAAAGUAUUAUAAUACAAGAGUAGGUGAUGAUUUCCACCAAGUGAAAAUAUUAAUGCUUGCACGAACUGGUAAAGCAGCUUACAAUAUUAAAGGUAACACAAUACACAGUGCACUUUCAAUACCUGCAUGUCAAUCUUUAAAGAAUUACAAACACCUUGAUUCAAGCAGGUUAAACACCUUACGGUGUCAACUUGGUGGUUUAAAACUAAUAUUUUUGGAUGAGAUCUCAAUGGUUGGUAGUACAAUGUUUAAUGUUCAAAUAAAUAAUAGACUGAAAGAUAUUAAAGGAAGUAAAGAAGAUUUUGGUGGUGUAAGCAUGGUUGUUAUCGGUGAUUUAUUUCAGCUGGAACCUGUAAUGGACAGGUAUAUAUUUAAGAAUCUAGACAAUUCAGAAUAUGCAGUUCUUGCUCCUAAUAAAUGGCAAGAUAACUUCAAUAUGUUUGAAUUGGAAGAAAUUAUGAGACAAAGGGAGAGCAAAGUGUUUGCUGAAAUAUUAAACAGACUUAGGGAAGGAAAGCAUACUAAGGAUGAUAUUUUGAAACUGAAAGAAAGAUUAAUAAAAGAAAAUAGCAUCCAAGAUCCCAUGGAUGUGCCUCACUUGUUCAUACAAAAUCAGAAGUUAAAUGAAUUCUAUGAAAAAGUGCACAACGCAGCAACUGGUGAAAAGUUUUCAAUCAAAGCAAUAGACAGUGUUAUAGGAGCUAACUCUGCUCAACUUCGAGAUAAAAUUUUGAGUCAAAUACCAGAUGAUCCUAGGAAAACUAAGCAAAUUGCUUCAAACCUUCAAUUGUCAGUGGGGGAAAGAACUGAGGUAGCAUUAAAUAUACGUACUGAUGAUGGCAUGACUAAUGGUGCUGGUAAUGUUGUUAAAAAGAUACAAUUGAAUCAAAUAGAUAAACCUUCCGGUAUAAUAUGGGUCCAAUUUGACCAUUCAGAUGUUGGAGAGAAAACCAGACAUGAAAAUAGACAUCUUUAUGUCCAAGGUAUUGAGUCCACAUGGACUCCAAUAAAGCCAAUCACAACUCAGUUUGCUGUGGGUAGAAACCAAACUGCACAAGUUGUCAGAAAACAGUUUCCACUUAGAGACAAUUCACCGUUCACAAGGUGA